GUAGGCUUGCGAUUCGAACGGAGUCGAUUUGAGACGAAUUAGUACAGUUGUACCCAGUGUGUACCAAGAGUGCGGUGGUAUUAAAGUGCAUUUUGUGGCAGAUUUGUGGCGUGUGCGAACAAAUUGGCCAACAGAACGAUAGUGUACCAGCGAGCGUGAAAACACAAAUUGUGGGCGAAAUGUUUAAGUUUUUCCUUGUGCUAGCGACGGUGGCGAGUGUUGGACGGGCACUGCACUACGGUGAGGAAGGAAUUGACGUCAAGAUUAAUGUGGAGAAGAAUUCGAACUCGUACCUGUCCGGGAAGUUGCCCCAAGGUUCGUUCGAGUACGGGCUCGAUGUGGUGAAGCAGAAGGAUAAUCAUUUCCAGCACAAGGUCAAGGGCCCGGAUGAUGUGACAUACGGUUGCUAUGGGUUCGUUGACCCCGAUGGCAAGCCUCAUCUCGUGCACUACGUGUCAGAUCUUAAAGGUUAUCGCAUCGUGCCACCGGAGUCUGCAACGAAAAUCUACAUUUCGCGACUGGAGCGUAGCAUAAGCAACGUGUAUCAGGCAUCCCAGGAGAAGAACGUGCCCUGGAAGGAUCUGUUCUUCCCGCCGGCCUGCAAGCAGUUGUACAGUGAGGCGAAGGUGUCGACACCGCCACCGACCCUACGGACGACACCACGCACCACGACGCCCCGUCGUACGCCCGCCCCAACGACAACGCGUCCCCGUCCCCUACCGACCACCACCCCGAAACCCGUGAUUGAGCCAGAAUUCACCCAGUCCUCGAGCAAUCUGUGCCCGUCCGUUGUGGCCCCGGAUACGCUGGCUGCUCCACAGCCCGCCUGCUCCAAGGUGUGCGAUGAGCUGAAGGAUGAACUGAGAGACAUUAAGGCGAAGCUGAAGACACUGUUGGAUGCGGUGGCGGAGAAACCGAAGAGCAAGGGAAACGGACAGUUCGCCUACUUCCCGGUGAUGCUGAGUGAUGGACUGCCGGACGGAGUCGACGCUAGUUCGGCCAAGUUUGCCUUCCCGGCGGUUCCGCAGCAGCAGUGUGGUAGCGGGUAAGCGGGUGGGUGGCCACGGUGACACUUACGAAUCACCACCAGCACCACCACCACGGUGUGAUCUUUAGUUAUCUGUGUGAAUUCGAGUCAUUUUCUUGUUGUUA